GGUUCUGUUAGGUGCAAAGAUGCCUCAUCCAGUAAAGGGAGUGGAAAGUCCGAAAUUUGAUGGCCGCAGACUUCCGCCUAUAAAGAAGGAUGACAGAAGGCCAAGUAUAAUGGAUAAAAAAGUGGAAAGACCAAAGUCACCACUAGAACUUCCCAAACAGGUGCAACCUCCUCUAGCUUCCCCUAGGACUAUUACACCUGGAAGCAAGGUUCCACUGAGUGGGAAGAUGGCCGAUCAAGCAAAGGGAUCAGAGAGAGCAAGAUCUGAGAGCCGCAAACUUCCGCCUAUAAAGAAGGUUGAUCGAAGGCCAAGUGUAAUGGUUCCAAAACCUCCAGCUGAUACCAAGCCAAAGAAAAGCCCUGGAAGGGCCCCUAGAAGACGUCGUCCAAGGAAGAAAAAGGUGGCUGAUCAAGCAAAAAGGCCAGAGAGCCCAAAGAGAGCAAGUGAACAAAUACCUGUUGUUCCAAAUAAUGAAGUGGACGGACGCUUAAUUGAACCUGCAGUGAAGGAGCCAAGUCCUUGUGAAAUGAUUAAAGUGGUUGAAACGGUCAAGGCACCUUCAGUGACUCCCAAGCCAGCCAAAGAAAUGUCCCUGGGAGGAAUAAUUCCACCAGCUGUUCAUGUUGAACCUUCUAUUAAGGAGGCAGAUGAACAAGAGAUGCAGGUUGGACCCCAGGAUCCUCCUGCAAUGGCGGAAAUAGCUGUCCCACAGAGAACUUUCGGUCCAAUUAAGGACUACGAAUUGAAAAAAUGGAUUGGACAAGGAGGUUUUGGAAAGGUGUGUCUUGCCGAGCACAAGGAAACGAGGACCAUGGUCGCCAUCAAAGUCAUAAAGAAAAUAGAGGUUUAUGAUACACGUGUGACGCCCAGCCUGGAGACAGAGAUCUCCACCCUAAAGUUGGCACAGAGGGAGAGGGUCCCGUUCCUGAUCUGGAAUUUCCAAUCGUUCCACACAGAGCACCAUGUACUUUUAGCCAUGGAAUUUGCCAGUGGAGGGGACUUGGCGUCCCAUUUGAAAGCCGGCCGACUCUCUUGUGAAAGAAUCUUAUUUUAUGCUGCCUGCAUUGUUCUCGGAGUGGAGUACUUGCACAAAAACAGCAUUGUCCACCGAGACCUGAAGCCACACAAUAUCCUGAUAGACAGCACUGGUUAUGCCAAACUCGCAGAUUUUGGCCUCUGCGUAAAAGUGCAUCGCCGUGAUGGCAGAGUAACGGGCCGCGGUGGAACUCGCCAUUACACGGCACCAGAAGUGUACAUCUAUAACUCCUAUGACAGAUCUGUGGAUUGGUGGUCCGUAGGGGUGAUCAUGUACGAAAUGGUGCUUAGGAAGCUGCCGUUUGUUGGAGCAACCAAAAAAGAUGUGGCCUAUAAUAUUAUGUUAUCAACCCCGAAAUAUCCCCCAGACAUGGAUAUUCCAACCAGAAGCCUCAUAGAGAGAUUCUUGAACAAAGAUGGUUCCAACCGCCUGGGAGGAUACCUAUAUGGCGCCAGGGAAGUAAAACAGCACAGUUACUUUAAGGCCAUAGACUGGAAAGCUCUUGCCAAUAAAAGGCUUCCAGCCCCAUUUAUUCCCGGCCCCUAUGAGGAAAGUACCACUAAGGUACCAGCACCGGUUGUUAUAACAACCUCCAAAAGUAGAGAGUCCAUUUCGGAUGACAUCCAAUCGGAAUUUGAGGAAGUUUUGAAGGCUGCGGAGUAAGAAUGAGAAA